AUGGCAACAACAACCUUUGCAACCGUCGUAGGAAUGGGUGGUGCAUCACGUCUCACCUCAGGAUUUGUGAAACCUCAAGUAACUGCUAGGAAUCCUUUCAGGCAAGCUAUGGCAAGAGGAAAUGGUGGAAGGGUUACAUGCUUCCAGAGGGAUUGGCUAAGGAGGGAUUUCAAUGUGAUUGGAUUUGGGUUGAUAGGUUGGUUGGCACCGUCUAGCAUACCGGCUAUUGACGGUAAAAGUCUGACUGGACUUUUCUUUGAUAGCAUCGGAACUGAACUUGCUCACUUCCCUACUCCUCCUGCUCUCUCUUCACAGUUUUGGUUAUGGCUGAUCUGUUGGCACUUGGGGCUGUUCAUCUCCCUCACUUUGGGUCAAAUUGGUUUCAAGGGAAGGACUGAGGAGUACUUCUGA